CCCCUUCGUCGCUGCCUGCAACGACGCCCAGCCGCUUUCUUCGUCGAUCCUGUCGUCCUCCUCGCCCUUAUUACUCUAAACCCCCCGCUCGUUACUUCGCCUUCUGUGUCCUUCUACUUUUCCCCCGCCCUUAUAUCCUUUCUGAGCAAAAAUGGGUUGUGUUCAGUCUACCGGAGUCGAUGAUGAGGCCAAGGCCCGCAAUGACGAGAUUGAGAACCAGCUCAAGCGAGACAGAAUGAUGGCCAAGAACGAGAUCAAGAUGUUACUGCUCGGUGCUGGAGAGUCCGGAAAGUCGACGGUCCUCAAGAAGAUGAAGCUCAUCCAUCAUGGAGGCUACAAUGAACAGGAGCGCGACUCGUACAAGGAAAUCAUCUUCUCCAACACCAUCCAGUCCAUGCGCGCCAUCCUCGAGGCCAUGCCCCAACUCGACAUCUCUCUCAGCCCCCAGAACGAUGCUCGUCGCGCCGUCAUUUUGUCUCUCCCACCACAAAUCGAGGGCGACAUCCUCCCCAACGACGUUGCCGAUGCCGUCCGCGGCCUCUGGCGUGACCAGGGCGUACAGGAAGCCGUCCGUCGCUCGCGCGAGUUCCAGCUGAACGACUCCGCCGUCUACUACUUCAACUCCAUUGACCGCAUGGCCGCGCAUGGCUACAUGCCCACCGACCAGGAUAUCCUCCGCAGUCGUGUUAAGACGACUGGUAUCACCGAGACAACUUUCAAGGUCGGCGAACUCACUUACAAGCUAUUCGAUGUCGGUGGUCAGCGGUCCGAGCGUAAGAAGUGGAUUCACUGUUUCGAGAACGUCACCGCUCUGGUCUUCCUGGUCUCGUUGAGCGAGUACGACCAGAUGCUGUACGAAGAUGAGAGCGUGAACCGUAUGCAAGAAGCCCUUACCCUCUUCGACUCAAUAUGCAACUCGCGGUGGUUCGUCAAGACUUCGAUCAUUCUGUUCCUGAACAAGAUUGAUUUGUUUGCGGAGAAGCUGCCACGGUCACCACUCGGUGACUACUUCCCCGACUACACUGGCGGUGACAACUACGACUCCGCCUGCGACUAUCUCCUCCACCGCUUCGUUUCCCUCAACCAGUCGGCAGCAACAAAACAGAUCUACGCCCACUAUACCUGCGCAACGGACACACAGCAGAUCAAAUUCGUCCUGAGCGCCAUUCAAGACAUCCUGCUGCAGAUCCACUUGCGGGAGUGUGGUCUCCUGUAAUCUGUUACAUUAUUCCCAUUCCUAUUGUUGCUUUCGGCCGCGGCACCUACUUUCUCAUUCAUAUUACCCGUUCAUCCCUUCUCGCCACCGGCUCUCUCGAUUUGGUUUUUUCCACUGCUCUCGUCUGUCUCCCACUUCCCCGUAUUCUCAUUUUUGCUUAUAUGUAGACGUCGGGCGCGGAACGCGUGGAUGGAUUAUUAGUUUUCUUUUUGUCUUUUAUCCUCUAUAUCUCUUCUAACUUUUUCUUUUACUGUUCUUCUCUUCUCUUCUCUACUAUCUCUCCCUGUUAGUGAUCGUUCCUCUCGUUUAGUUUUGGAGGCAUAGGUCGCCGCCGAUCCUUUAUCAUCGAAGGCUCCUUCCCUCUCUGUAUGCAAAUCUCCCAUCUACCCGCUGACCCCUCCUAUCUCUUCACUCACCGAGUUCUUCAUUGUUCUUUACUUCCUGAACUCCCCCCUUUAUUAUUUCACGUCACUCCCUAGUAUGGCGCCACAACUACCCACAGGGCUACGCCACGCACCAUCCAUUCCAUUUUCGCAUCUGCUCGCCCCGUCGAGCGUCCAGCUACACGCACCCCCUCCCUAUCUAUCUCCUCCCGCAAUCGUACAUGUCCCCUCAUAAAGUGGUGAUGGUAUUGGCAGCCGCAUCUUUUUUCUAUCCGCUCGUCCUCGUCUACCCGUCCGCGUCGUUGUUACCCCAUCCAUUUUUUUUCUUUGAUUCUUCUUCUUUAGUUUGACUUUGACUUGAAUUGGCUUGGCUUGACGAGCUCGUUGGAUAUCGAUCCGGAUGGAUAAUUCGCUGCGUUUCUUGUGAUCGAGAUCCAUGCGAGACAAGUAUGCGUUCCAUGCGCGGUUUAGCGAUUCAUUCGUGCUUGCAUGAAGCUAGGUGCCUGGCGAAUGUUGAUGAUGGGAGUUCCGCUGUGGCCGCUGCUACGAAGAGCCCUGCGCAGUGUCGUGUCGUGAAGUCUGGCUCUUGUCUAUGGGUACAGACGGUAGAGGAUAAAGAAGUCAUGGGUAUCUCCAGGAGUAUGAGUGUCAGGAGCGGACUACGGUCUUCAUCGGUCAGGGGGUCAUGCUCAGAGAGAGGGCGUUUCACAAUACACGAUACGAUGAUAUGAUACGAUAUACCUCUUAUUUUUCGUUUACUCUUCGUUCCUAUGUAUAUAAUUACUUUACUUUCGAUUGACUUGCAUAGUUGUCUGCCUUCUCUUUUGUCUCUUUCACUCUUUUUUUCCGCGUUCCCAGUCCCGUCUCCAUCCUGCCUGCGUCUGCGGCGUAGCGAUGGGCCAACUCUCGACUGCUCCAGAAUGCGUAGAAGACCUGGGAGAAAGCUCGUGGGCGACGGUAGGAUUUUUUAGACUUCGCAAGAACUCGAGGUGGGGAUACCGGGGCUCGUGUGGCGACGUGCGUCCCACGCGUAAAGCUAAUCACCCAUCUGUCGCUGUCUCUUUGAAUUGGUGUUGAGGAUAAGGUUGGGACGUUUCCAUGGGGUUGUCAGAGCUCCUUCAAGGUUUUGUAUUGCUUGCUUGCCCGUGAACGUAGAGACUGUGCACUGUGGGGGUGGAGCGCUGACGCACUUCUUUAGGGCCCGUUCGGCUGCCAU